AUGGAAACUGAGUACCUGAAGAAGUGCUUUGGAAAUUGCCUGGCCCAGGCCCUGGCAGAGGUGGCGAAGGUUCAGCCCAGCGACCCAAUAGAAUACCUGGCACACUGGCUUUAUCAUCACGGGAAAACAACUAGAGCACAAGAGAACUGGCAGAAGAAGAACCAACUGAAAGAGGAACAUGCCAGUAGCCACAAGGAAAAGGAAAUGACAGAAAUCCCAAAGGAGGAGCAGCAGGUGCAACAGAAGUGUACAUUGUGUCACCAGGAACUGAUUUCCAAAACUCUUUCCUCAUACAAGAAUGUAUUCAUGCAGAAGGACAUGAAGCUGCUUGAAGAGGAGGCUUUGAAGCAGGAUUCCCAGAGAGGAACGCCCAGUGUGAUCCCAGAAAUGCCUCAACAGGCUCCUCCGUCGAGGCCUGCCCGCCACAUUGGCUGGAACCUUGAAACUCCAUGAGAACUAAAUUACCA